AUGCCUGAGGUUAGGGAGGGUGAGGACAUAUUAGCCAGUGGAGCAAACACCCGGGGAGGAGGAGCAGAAGGGCAAGAAGUCACAGACAGAAAGAGACUACAGGCAGGAUCCACCUCUCACCUCUUCCCAAGCUGCCUGCCAGUGCAUCUCCUUGGCUGCCAGUGCAGUGGGAGCCAUCAUCUGCUGCUGGACCGGGUGUCUCAGAUUCUUCAAGAUCAUGGUCAUAAUGUCACCAUGCUUCACCAGAGAGGGAAUUCAUUCAUAUCAGAUUUUAAAGAGAAGGAGAUAUCAUACCAAGUUAUCCCUUGGCUUCCACCUGAAGACUAUAACAAAGGAUUGAAGAAUAAUUUUGAUUUUUUUAUUGAAGAAGCUUUGGGUGGCAGAUACACAUUUGGAAAAUUCUUAAAAUUUAUGGAACAAGUAGGGCUUCAGUGCAGCCAUUUUCUAAGGAGAAGUGAUAUCAUGGAUUCCUUAAAGAAUGAGAACUUUGACCUAGUGAUAGUUGAAAAUUUUGACUACUGUCCUUUCCUGGUUGCUGAAAAGCUUGGAAAACCAUUUGUGUCCAUUCUCUCUUCCUCCUUUGGUGCUAUGGAUUUUGGACUACCAAACCCUCUGUCUUAUGUGCCAGUAUUGCAUUCUUUGCUAACGGACCACAUGGACUUCUGGGGCCGAGUGAAGAAUUUUCUGAUGUUCUUUGAUUUCACCAUGAAGCAAAGGCAAAUCCAGUCUGCAUAUGACAAUACCAUCAAGGAGCAUUUCCCGGAAGGCUCUAGGCCGGUUUUGUCUCAUCUUCUGAAGAAAGCAGAGCUGUGGUUUGUUAACUCUGACUUUGCCCUUGAAUUUCCUAGGCCCCUGCUUCCCAACACUGUGUAUGUUGGAGGCUUAAUGGCCAGACCUGUAACACCAGUACCACAAGAAUUUGAGAAUUUCAUUGCUAAGUUUGGAGACUCUGGUUUUGUCCUUGUGGCCCUGGGCUCCAUGGUGAGCACCUUUCAAUCCCAGGAACUUCUCAGGGAGAUGAACAGUGCCUUUGCUCAUCUCUCUCAAGGAGUCAUAUGGAAGUAUAAGCCAUCUCACUGGCCCAAAGACGUCAAAUUGGCAGCAAAUGUGAAAAUCGUGGACUGGCUUCCUCAGAAUGACCUCCUGGCUCACCCACGCAUCCGUCUUUUUGUCACCCAUGGUGGAAUGAAUAGCAUCAUGGAGGCUAUCCAACAUGGCGUGCCCAUGGUGGGGAUUCCCCUCUUUGGAGACCAGCCAGAAAACCUGGUCCGAGUAGAAGCCAAAAAGUUUGGUGUCUCUAUCCCAUUAAAGCAGAUAAAGGAAGAGACCUUGGCUGUGAAGAUGAAACAAGUCAUAGAAGACAAGAGGUACAAGUCAGCAGCGGUGGCCGCCAGCAUCAUCAGGCGCUCCCACCCCCUGACCCCUGCCCAGAGGCUGGUGGGCUGGAUCGACCACAUCCUCCAGACAGGGGGUGCGGCCCACCUCAAGCCCCAUGCCCUGCAGCAGCCGUGGCAUGAGCAGUACCUGCUGGACGUCUUCUUGUUCCUGCUGGUGGUCACCCUGGGCACCCUGUGGCUCUGCGGGAAGCUGCUGGGCAUGGUGGCCAGGUGGCUGUGUGGGGCCAGGAAACUGAAGAAGGCCUGAUGGGGGUGCAGCCUUGAUGGGUGUUUGGGGAGCCACUGGUUCUAGAAGGCUUUCCCCAGCACAGGGCGGCCCUGGUGUCUUCCCCAUAUUGGCACCUGAGGGUGGCACACAAAUUGCUCUUCACUGUUUGCUGCCUCUGUUUAAAAGUUCUUGUGAAACACUCUUGGGCAUCUUUUUUUUUUUU